UGAUUCACAAUGCACAUUGCAGACACGGCUGCCUUCACUGCAUGGCUUCACAAGCAGCUUCAGAACUCAUCGUACAGCACGGAUCCAGGACUGCUGACGGAAUACGUGCUGGGCUUGAUCCAGGACAACUCACGCUCGAACGAUGACCUCAAGCGGUAUUGCGUCGAGCAGCUCACCGACUUUUUCGAGGAAUCCACGGCUCAGUUUGUCGACCAGCUGUUUGAAGGACUAUCAUCCAAGGUGUAUAUGGCUCCGGCGACGCCAACGCCAACGCCAACGCCCUCAACGCCGUCCGACAUCCAAACCCUUAACAACAACAACAACCCUCUUCGUGGCGCCACCCCUUCACCUUCCCCGCCUGUUAAGGUGCAUGGCCACCAAGAUGGGUCAGAGUUGACUCACGACGAGCGCGAGCAUGAUGAUCGCCGCAGUCGGCAUUCGGACGAACCGUCCUCUUCUCGCGAUCGGUACCCUGAGCACAGCAGCAGCAGCAGCAGCAGCAGCAGCCGCGAUCACUCUAGCAAACGUUCGCAUGGCGAUCAUGACCACCACGACAGCUCGUUGGAUUCCAAGCGCAUCCGGCUUGCUGAUGACAGUCAUAGACAACAGCCCAUCAGCUCCGUGCUCGACAUGGGCGACGAACAGCGACGGCAACGUCGCGCCGAACGGUUUGGAGUGACCAACAGCAGUUCCAGCAACGGCGGCCGUGGUCACUAUCGCGAGCAAAGCGAUCGUCACGAUCGAGACCACCGUGAGCAGCCUCCGCGGCCCAACCUCUUCAUGUAUGGUCGCCCUCCGCCUCCAUUCCCGUAUCCACCCUUCCCAUUCCCACCGCCCGGCAUGCCCAUGCCUCCUCCUGGAAUGCGCGGCAUGAUGCCACCUCCGCACCCGCACAUGCGUCCACCACCACCGAUGGCCCUCUUCCCUGGUCGACCGCCGUUCGGGGAUGCGCCCGCCCAUCUCUUCGCUAACGACGAUUCUUCUUCGGCAGUUGUAACCAUUCAAACGACCGACUCGUCGUCAGACAGCGCACCAGCCCACCGCCCUUCGACACACCAACAAAAUGACUCCAACUUUCGCAAGUCCAAUGCCAUGCCACCGCCGCAAGACGUCUUCCGAUUGCCGACCGGCGCCGCCAACGCGUCCUCAGGAGCACCCGGCACGAUCAGCUCCGGGGCCACUGGUGCAACGACAGCAGCAGCAGCAGCAGCAGCAGCAGCAGCAGCAGCAGCAUCAACAACAGCAGCUGGACGCGACACUUCCAUCUAUGUCCGUUCCAUUCCUCCCGAGCUCAACACCAUUGAAAAUCUCAAUGAAUAUUUCAAGCGGUUUGGUCGCAUUGUGAAUCUGCAAGUUGCCCAAGGGCCGCAGCGCAAGGACGCCAUCAUUGAAUUUGGCUCCCACAACGAAGCUCGCAACGCGUAUAACAAUCCCGAGGCUGUCUUUGGCAACCGGUUCAUUCGGGUACUCUAUGCGAGCCAAGCAAACCGUCAGCAAAACUCAUCGCAUCCCAGACCUCCGCAUCCCGUGCACUCAAGCUCUCACUCUCACACAGAAAGCCAGCACGAGCCAAGUCACGCAGCGACUGAAGUUGAUGCUUCAAGUGAAUCUCACCGAGCGCCCAGACCUGCUUACCAUGCAACACGUGGCGGUGCCGCCUUUGCCGGUGGGCCACCGCGACCAAUGUCUCGAACCUUCAACACCUCCACCAGCACAGCUCCCACCCCCGCUGCGCCGGGUGCCCCGCCUGCAGCAGGCUCCGCGUCGGAACUCGAGCUCAAAAAGCUCCAGCUCGAAGCUUUGCAGAAGCAGACCGCCAUGGUCGAAAAGCAAAAGCAGCUGCUUGAGCAGCUGUCCAAGUUGAAAAAUGCGUCGGCUAAAACCGAGCUUCUCAAGAGUCUCGGCAGCGUGUCUGCAACCCUCACGUCCGUCACCAAGAGCAGCACCGCGGCCUUGUCGAAGCCUGCUUCUGCUGGAGCGCCGUCUACCACCGCACCGGCAACGAAUGAGCUCGAGACCACGCCCGAAGCGGCGAAGCCAGAAACCCUGCCCAGCUCUCUCCCUCCAGCUGCUGCGCGAGGCCUCGGAGCGGCUGGUCGUGGCCGAGGCGCUGCGACCGCCGGGCGAGGCCGUGCACCAGGUUCCUUUUCUCUGGACAACCGCCCAACCCGCGUCCUGGUCUCGGGAUUUGAUGCGCAGGAUGCGGAUGCAGUUGCCCAGCACUUGUCGUCAUUCGGCCCGGUGACGAGUUUGAAUUUCAAUGACACCAAAACGUCUGCUACCGUCCACCUGGCGAAUCGCAAAACAGCAGAGUUGCUGAUGGGACACGGCCAGUUUUUGAACAAUCUCAAGUUGGCGUUGCAAUGGGUUGCCAAUCCUUCCCCGGCUUCCGUCUCGUCCAGCCCAGCGCUUCCAAGCGAAACCGCACUCGAGGGCGGAAUGCAGCAGACUGACGAGCCAGCGACAACUUCAGGGUAGCCAGCUACAUUGAGCAAACCAGCGGGCAAUCCUACGACACAGUUGUGUCAUUGAUGACUUGUUGUUUGAAAACGGGCAUACUGACCAAUCACAAAGAAGAAAAAAAACUUAAAAACUCAAAGGAAUGGUUUCACAAUAAUAUGUAAAAUUGAUAACAAAUGAUCGAAGCAC